AUGUAUAUCUUGCAUGAAAGGUUUCAAUUCAACCAAAGUCGUCGGGUCAAAGAAACAAUAGAGAGUGGAAUCACGAGAGAACUGCUCAUGCAGAAUUUUCCGUUGAAGGAUUUUUCGUGGGGUGUGGCUCCUCCAUUGCAACCAAAGUCGCCAGAUGGUGAUCCACCUUCGGCGGAAUCAGAAUCGUUGACUUGCAGUCAACAUACCCCAGUCAUGAGACCCUGGGAAGACAAGACAGCUUUCGCCUUCACGUGUGAAGUUCAGCCUCUGUUGAAGGAGGGAUUGCAAAGCUGCCAACAUAAGCCGUUUCUCUAUAACUGUAGAAGCUUGAAUGGGUGUUUCGUGGCGAGAGAGACAGCAUUUUGA